CUUGAAGAUCUGUAAUUAGUAUUUGGCUAGCUGGACCAUUUGCCCGCUACUCCGAACAAAUAAAAGAUUUGCGUAUGAGUUUAACUCGCUUCAUCGCCACAGUUCACCCUACCAGUUUAAAGACUUCGCGAAGCAAAGGUUGUAAAAUAAAAAUGAAGUGGCUCCUUCCAGUGCUCAUGACCGCGGUCAUGAUACCGCUGAUAGCAAGUAAUGUAAAAGUGGACAUCAAAAUUUUGGGCAAUUGGAAGACUGGCUUUAAUGGCUACCUGCGGUACAAUGUGACCAAGGACGUCAAGGAGGGCUGGGAAAUCACUAUAGUCUUCAGCAACCCUGUGGGAAAACUUGAGAUUUGGGACGCAGAGAUCGAGUCAGUUUCCGGAGAUAGAACAACGUUUGUAGUGGAAGAAAAGGACUACAAUGAAUAUCUGCGAAAAGGUCGCCUAUUAAAGAUGGCGUUCAACGGACGCAAGGACAAGCGCUUCCCAGACAAACCUGACGUUUCCGCUACGUUCCAGGCAAAACCAGAAGAGGAGGAGAGUGGAGACGACGAAUUCAGAGUCUGAAGCAUUAAUAUAAUUUUGCAGGGACGCUGUGCUGUACUCCCAUGACAAAGUACGCAAACAGAUGUACUUGAUGAUGAAAGGCAUAAUAAAAGACGCAAUGCAAUGCC